AAUCAAAAACCCCUCCAUCCCAAAACCUGGUUUGAAUUUGAAAACUCCCCACGUUGUUUGCCGUUGUUUAAUCUUAAAAGAUUUCUCCCAAAUCACAAUUUCAAACGAACAACGUUUGUAACUCAGUAGCGAGAGAGUGCGCGCUCUUCUCUUUUCUCCUGCAAAAAUUCAAAUUUUAUAAUCUCGAAAUCGAAAUAAUAAUAAAAAUGUCCGACGGAGAUCUGCCCUCCUGCGCGCCCCCAAUCAAAAACCGUAACCCCAGCAAACCCACCUCCCUCCCAAUCGAAAUCUCCGACCUCACGCUUCCCAUUUCUUGAUUUCUCCUCGGAAGAACGAAGACUCGUCGUUUUGUGACAAACCCUUUUCGUUUCCGGGUGGAAAGUUUUCAAAUUUUCGCGCCCAUUAGAUACGUUUAGUGGUUUUUGCAGAAGGGUCGCCCUGAAAGUUUCGUUUUUUGAAUUGGGUUCGAAGGUUAUGGAGAAUCGAUGCGAUUCGGGGAGAGUUUCCGACGGGGCAGUCCCGAUACAUAGAUUCGAUUCAAAGAUUGCUGGGGAGAAGCGAAUCAGUACUGAGAUGGGACGAGAACGUGAGCUGGGACCUCGCAAACGGGCGAAAAUGCGAGAUCUUAAGACAGUGUGCCGGUCCGAAGGAAUUCAGACCGAUAAUCCAACAUCGUUGAAAAACAAGGAAUCAAGUGAUCAAUUUCAAUCUGGUGAUGAUGAGAUGUCUCAAGUUACUGAGGUGCCUAUAACUUUGGGUGUAGAUGCUUCCCAAGCUGGAAAGUCUUGGAGAAAUACAUUGUCAGUACCAGUCAAUCAUGCUUCUAGACUAGAUCUGACUACUGGUGCGUGCAUUGGCAAAACUACGGUUCUAAACAACAGUCAGCAAUGCACCGAGAGUUUUGAGAUCACCUUGCUUAGGGAUCAGAGUAAAUGUGAAAAGGCGAAAGGCAUUGGAUUGGAUCUCAAUGCAGCGGAUGUUUCUACUUCAGAAAAACAAGAUCCAUUUUAUCCUUAUAAAAGCACCAAUUCCUUGAAGCCAAGAGCUGCCUCUGAUUGUGGGAGUUGCACUGGCCCACUCGAAGAGAAAGAUCCAAUGAAAGUAUGGAAGGAGAUGAAGCAAAAUGGUUUCCUAUCAUCCACUCAUGGAGGCAUACCGGUGCCAAAACCGCAUCCCAAGAAGACUAAAAAUGACGAGGUCAAGAAAAAGAUGGAACGCGCAAAGAGGGAGCAAGUGGACAGGUUCGCGAAGGUUGCUGCUCCAAGUGGACUGCUCAAUGAACUGAACCCUGGGAUUAUCAACCAUGUCAGGAACAGAAAACAGGUCCGUUCAAUAAUAGAGUCCCUUGUAAAAUUAGAAAGACUUGAAAAUGACCGCCUGGGAAACAAGCAAACAACCCAUCCGAAGAGUGGAACUUUUGAAAUUGGGAACGGGCAGGACAUUGGAAAUUUGAAUGACUCUGCAAUUCAUCUCUAUCAUGAAAAUCGGCCUCCAAAUACCGUCUGUCAUGACUGGCAGACAAGAGGGCUGUCUAUAUUGAUGAACAAAUCUUCUUUGAUUCCAGUAGACAAAGGUGGAGAUGUUGAACGAACCACAGCAAAGAGGUUUAGUGGUAAAAGUCUUGAAUCGCACUCCAUCCCUGAAAGAGAGGAAGAUUCGCUAGCAUUGAAGUUGUCAUCAUCAAUGCAGGCGCAUGACGAUGACAGCCCUUUGUCUAGUGAGGAAACAUCAUCCUAUCUCUCUAUCAAAGCUGCUACCAUUGCUUCUCAAUGGUUGGAACUUAUUCUUCUGGACGUCAAAGGACGUCUUGAAGCAUUGCGGCGCAGUAGGAAGAGAGUUCGAGAUGUAAUAACUACAGAUUUGCCAUCUUUGCUGGCAAAAGAAUUUUCACCAGAUCAGGAGAAUAAUUCUCAGAUCAUGAAAACUUCCGCCCAUGGAUUUUCUAGAUGUGCUAUUGCAGAUAUGCAUAGAGCAAGGUGGAUUCCGCUGUUUGAGCAAAUGGACAAAGCACUUUCUGAGGAAGAGGAACAACUUGAAAGUUGGUCGAACCAAGUAAAAGAAAUGCAGCUUCACUGUGACCAGGGCUUGCAACUGGUCCAAUGGAAUGCUGCUUCCGGCAUUCAACAUUUCGGAACAUCUGAAAAUGAUGCCAGACCACUGAUGUUGGAUAACUCAGAAAAGGCAUUAACUGUUAGGGCUGCUGCAGCUUCCAUUUACUCGACGUGCAACUUCCUGUUGUCGACAAACAUGCCGUGUUUCUGAUCUUGUUCAGGACUGCAGUCCUUCCUUCAAUCUUUGUCUAAUUAAGUAGAAUAGGUUCUUGAGGCUAUGUUCAUUAAGUGUUUGAGUCUGUAACAUUAACAUGUAAUCUGCUGGCUUUUUUCUUGAGAUUUAUCACUUUGAUUUUGGCUAACAAUGAGUUGUCGAUUCCCAGCAUCUUUUGAACAUUUGAAUGCUAAAUCCGUUUGGAACA